AUGGCGCCGGUGCACGUGCUGGUGUUCCCCUGGCCGCUGCAGGGCCACAUCAACUCCAUGCUCCCUUUCGCCGCGGGCCUCCUCGGCGCCGGCGUCCACGUCACCUUCCUGUACACGGAGCACAACCUCCGCCGAGUCGACCGUGCCACGGCCGCCGCUUCGCCGCGCCUCCGCUUGGUGUCCGUGCCGGACGGCCUCCCCGACGACCACCCACGCUCGGUUGGCCACCUCAGCGAGGUUGGCAGGUCUCUGAGGCCAAGCGCCAGUGCCGCGUACCGUGCUCUGCUCGCCCCUGCGCUCUCCGCUCGAAGACACGCCGACUGCGGGUUGCCGCCGGUGUCGUGCGUCGUGGCCGAUAGCUUGCUGCCAUUCGCCAUUGAUAUUGCCGAGGAGCUCGGCGUGCCUGCGCUCGCUUUCCGCACGGAAAUCGCGAGCAGCAUCUUGGCUUACCUCUCCGUGCCCAGGCUGGUGGAGCUCGGCGAGGUUCCCAUACCUGUAGGCGCCAACCUUGACGAGCCGGUCCAUGGCGUUCCAGGGAUGGAGGGUCAGUCCGUCGUACUCAACGUCGGCGUUCGCCAGCAGUGCCUGCUCCGCCGCCGCUGCCACCUUCUUUUGUUCGGCCGACCGAGUGCCUCGUCGAAUGCCAUGGCCGCCGUGUCGCAGAACUGCUCGAUGCCGGCGACGACGGGGAACAGCCGAUCCGGGACGGUGUCCAGCAGCUUCUUCACAAGCGCCGCGUCGUCCAGCGUCUUCCCUAGGCUCGCGAACCGCGCCGUCAUCCCUCCCAGCCUCCCGGCGUACGCGUCCAGCGCCUCCCUGUCCGCCAUCUUCAGGUGGUCGAAGUCCCCGCGCAGCGUCGCCAGCCUCGCCGCGCGGACACGAUCCGCGCCGACGAACCUCACCUUCAAGGAGUCUCAUACCUCCUUGGUGGUGAGCUUCGUCACCACCUGCAGCAGCACGUCCUCCGGCAGCGCUCCCAGGAGCAUCGCGCGCGCCGCCUUGUCCUUCCUGACGUUCACCGCCGCGUCGCCGGGCGCCACCGCCUCCCACACGGGCUUCCUGCGGCGGCGAGAUCUCCCAAGCUUUUGCCGUGGCGACGGCGAGAGCGACGAACUCGACCCCAUGCUGCAGGUACUCGUCAAGCACACCGCCCACAGCUGCAAGGCGUUUCUCGCGGACCAGCAGAUCAACAGCCGGUUCACAGACGCCGUGUGGGGGACGGGGCUGGACAUGAAGGACGUGUACGAGAAGGCCGUCGUGGAACGGAUGGUGAGGGAGGCCAUGGAAUCCCGCGAGCUAAUUAGAGCAUGGUCGGCUGAGGCGCUCGCGCAGCAGGUGAGGAGGGAUAUCGCCAAAGGGGGCUCCUCGGCGUCGGAAUUCGAGAGGCUCGUGAGAUUUAUCAAGGAGCUCACCGCCAAAGGUGCAACCGCAAAUAGCACCGUGCAAAUUUGUUGA